AUGUCCACGAACAAAGACCUAGCCGGCAAAGUCGCAAUAAUCACAGGCUCCAGCCGCGGCAUCGGCGCCGCCAUAGCCCUAAAACUCGCCCAACGAGGAGCAGACAUAGCCGUAAACUACGUCUCCAAUGCCACGGCCGCUGAGUCCGUCGUCGAGCAGAUCCGCGCUCUUGACGUGCGCGCCAUCGCCUUCAAAGCCGACGUCUCCAAGGAAGAAGAGGUGAAGGCCAUGUUCGAGAGUCUGCACCGUGAAUUCGGCCGUCUGGACAUCGCAGUCAGUAACUCGGGCAUCGAGCAUUUCGGGAGUCUGUCUGAGGUCAAAGGCAGCGAUAUCGACGCUGUCUUUGCGGUUAAUGUCAAGGGACAGUAUUUCGUUGCGCAGCAGGCUUAUCGCUUCAUGGGAGAUUACGGGCGGGUUAUUUUGACUUCGUCUAUUUCUGCCGUUAAGGGUGUCCCUCGUCAUGCUGUCUACGCUGCUUCUAAAGCCGCUGUGCAGGGUAUGACCAAGUGUCUGGCGAUGGACUUUGGUCCGCGAAACAUCACGGUUAACUGCAUUGCGGCUGGCGGCGUCAAGACUGAUAUGUAUGCUGAGAUGUCGGCUAAGUAUAUCCCCGGCGGCGACAAGAUGAGUCCGCAGCAGAUUGAUGAUGUCUUGAGCAAGUGGUCUCCGAUGAAUCGGCCUGGGGAGGUUGAGGAUGUUGCUGGGGUUGUGUCUUUGAUUGCUAGCCCUGAGUCGCAGUGGUUGACUGGGCAGACUUGGCAGGUCUCUGGUGGUGCUUAUAUGGUGUAG